UGCUCCAUUUUUCUCUGUCACCUGAGAGCACAAGUCUCUCGGGUGACAGGUAAAUGACUUCAAUAGGGGUGGAGCUGCCUUUGCAAAGCUGGAAGUCAACUAUACAGAACUAGUGCACCUGUUGCGUUUACCUAGCAGCGUAGCAACACAGCUCUCGCUGGUAUUCUAGUUUAAUGAAUAGCUUAAGGGGGGUAGUUUCAUAAGCUACCAAUACACCAAGCAUUGACCAUGGAACCAAAGGAACCCAUUGAUAAAGAAAAGGAAAAAGGAGCAAAAAAGAAAAAUAUGAUAUUCUCAAAACCUCGGAUGUACAUCUUAGAACGGAGGAAAACUGACACAAUUGUUGCUGAGAAUAUUGCUGUUGACUGUAUAGGAGAUGUCAACUCUGCCACCCUCAGAAGAAGCCAAUCUGACAGGACAGAAUACAACAAAAAACUUAAAGAGAAAAUGGCACCGCAAGAAAUGUUAACACCACCCCCAUCCCCGACCAUCGAUCUGGAAGAGCUGAAGAAGAGGAUGAUGGGCAAGAGGUCUAAAGUUAUCCAUGAACUGGUUCAGACAGAGAAAGAUUACCUCAUUGAUCUUGAGCUCUGUAUUAAGGAAGUUGUUCAGCCACUGAGAGACACACAGGUUGUGGAUGUGGACCGACUGUUUAUUAACAUUGAAUCUGUCAGUGAGUUGUCAGCUAAACUGUUGUCCAAAUUAGAAGAGGCCAUAGCAGAAGUGGAUCCUGAAAGGCAAAUAAUUGGUGAAACGUUCAUACAGAUUAAAUCUUCGCUAGAGGAAGUCUAUAAAAUUUACUGCUAUCACCAUGACGAUGCCAACAGUUUAUUAAAGUCCUAUGAAAAAGACGAAGAAGUUAAACAGCAUUUCAGAAACUGUGUUCUGUCGCUGAAAAAGAUAUAUGACAAUGAAGGAAAGACAAAUUUGUUAGACAUGGGAUCCCUCAUGAUUAAACCUGUUCAGCGUGUGAUGAAGUACCCACUGCUUUUAGGUGAGCUGUGGAAUUCUACACCUGACUGCCACCCAGACAACAAACCUCUGGAAGAAGCCCUAGCAACAGUGAAAAGAAUCAACACCAAUAUCAAUGAAUUUAAACGAAGAAAAGACAUAGUGAUGAAGUACAAGAGAAAUGAGGAAUUGGGAACUCUGAUGAACAAACUAAACAGGCUGAGUAUUCAUUCCUUCAAGAAGAAUGCAAGCCGAGUCACCAGUCACCUCAAAAUUCUGACAGGAGGGGAAUCCCAGGUUAAAGAUGAGAGAUUUGACAAAGAAGAAAAAAUGUUCAGGAAUCUUGAAAAAGCUGUACGGCAGUUAGGGAAAAAUGUUUAUUGUUAUUUUCAAUACACACAGGAAAUAGUCUCUCUAGUUGUCCAGAAUACUGAGGAGCUUCAAAUUAUUCUACAGGAUCCAGACAAGUCUGAUAGUCACGCUCCUCCAAACAAGAAAAACAGUGGCAAUCCAUACAUACAUUUUAAAGACAAGCUGGAAAGAAUGGUCCUGAUACCUCUGUCUACAUUGCAAUCCAUGUUUUCAGCACCUCAGAAGCUCAUUCAGAAACGCUACGAUAAACUGCUUGACUAUGACAGCCGUCUGGAGAGGUCCUCACCAGACGAGCUGGAGAUGGCACGUAGAGACUAUGAAGCACUCAACGCUCAGCUGGUAGAGGAGCUCCAGUUGUUUAACCCUGCAGCUAAGAAAAUAUUAACAAACUGUAUUUACUGCUUUGUUGCUCUCCUUCGGGAUCUGAUGGAUUCUGCAUCUCGUGAAUCUCCAUCAAUACAAAAUUUGCUUGCACCUUUGUCUAACAUCCACGAAGUUCAAAACAGUGUCAUGGAAGAACUUAAUAACUUGAUCUUUGUGAAGGAGAAUGCUCCAAAGUUAAUUGAACGAAAAUUGAGUUUUGAUAAACAUAAGAAAUAUGUGCCUGAGAUUCCACGGCAGUCAGAAGCCCACCGGUCCAAGCUGUUAUCAAACCACUCUCCAGACAAACUCUACCAGCUGAAGCGCAACUGCAACGCCACUCAGGAGCAGGACUUGAGUCUGUUUGAGGGGGAGCUGGUGGCUGUGGUGGAACAGCAGGACCCCUUUGGGAGUACAAGUAGAUGGCUUGUCGACACUGGCAGCCAUCAGGGUUAUGUUUACUCUUCAUUCCUAAAGCAAUACAACCCUACAAAGGAACACAAUGGGACAUUACAUAACCAACAGGAGGACUUUGACAACAUUAGCCUUUUCAUCUCUGGUAAUGGGAGCAGCAGUUUGAAAAGCUUCAGCAUUGCCCACAGUGACAGCAGUUCCUCUCUCAAUGGAAUACACGAGAAGGCUGAGGUCGAUGGAAACCAUUUUUGUGGCGAAUCAGAUGACCAGCAGAUCUUCUAUGCUGUGUAUGCAUUUGAAGCUCGAAGUGAGCAGGAGCUAAGCUUGCAGGAAUACCAGCAUGUGAGGAUAGUGAAGUUCUGCGAUGUGAGUGGCAACAAAGACUGGUGGCUGGCUGAGGCCAAUGGUCAGAAAGGCUAUGUACCUGCCAACUACCUAGGCAAGAUGUCAUAUGCAUAAAUCAUUCUUCAGUAGUAACCGUGGAAUGGAAUAUUGCUUUAAAAAGCUGUACAGAAAUGAAUUUUUAAUACAUAAUGUUUGAUCACUGCAAGUUACAUUUUCAACAGACUGCCAUGAACUUAGUAUUGCCACCUACAGUGUUUUUUUUACUCUUUGAUAAAUAUUGUGUUAUUUUACCUAAAU